GCGCAGCCAGUCGCAUCAGACCCGGGAGACCGCACCGAGGGUGGCGCAUCCAUGCGACAAGAGGCGACGAGUCCGCUUCACUGAAUGCCAGGGUUUUUUAAAAAAGCCAAAACUCGCGCGCGCCUGUCUUUUUUCGCGCACGCAGUACUUUUUUUUCUAAUCCACCUUUGGAACGAUUGUAUGAUCCCGGAGAAAUUAACAUCAAAGGGUUCUGCGGACAUCAAGGAUCAAGGAGUAAUGUUUCAAAAAGAAAUCUAUAAAGAGCUUCAUUAACAUAUGUCAAGAGGGCAUUUAACCGGGGAAUGCAUUUAAACGGGCGCUCAAUCUGGCCCCUUCAUUUCAACACGGAGUAAAACCAAAGUGGAGCGUUGCUGGAACCGGGUCCACGGCUCAAGGAAACCCACAGCGCACUCAAGUCAGUGGGAAUAGUCCGUGGGAUAGCGAGAGCGCGAGCAUGUGCUAACGGACGCGGAUGUGUACAUGCAGUAAGCGGCGAUCUGGUACUGCGCAAAGGUGUUUACUCCGGACAUCUCGCUGCAACUUUUGCGAUUUGAAAGCGGCAGCGCGGGGCGGUUUUGGGAUGGCUUCCGCGGGCGAAGUGGGGAGCUUCGUACACGGCCUGGACAGCUUCGGUCACGGAUCGCAUUUUGUCCUGACGCCCGCAGGGGAGAGUCCGGUGUUGCUGGGAGAUCACCUGGUCCCAGCGGAGAGGCUCUCUCGGAGUACCCCCGCGGAUUUAACGCAUUUGAAAGGGAUUCUGCGGAGGAGGCAGCUGUAUUGCAGAACGGGAUUUCACCUUGAAAUACUACCGGAUGGCACGGUGCAAGGAACACGGAAAGACCAUAGCCGAUUUGGUAUUUUGGAGUUCAUCAGUCUUGCGGUCGGAAUGGUGAGCAUCAGGGGGGUGGACAGUGGACUUUAUCUCGGAAUGAAUGACAAAGGAGAACUCUACGGCUCUGAGAAGCUGACUGCGGAGUGUGUCUUCAGGGAGCAGUUUGAGGAGAACUGGUACAACACGUAUUCCUCUAACCUCUACAAGCACGGGGAGAAGGGAGACCGAUAUUUCGUGGCCCUGAACAAAGACGGGACGUCUCGGGAUGGGACGCGGUCCCGGCGCCACCAGAGGUUCACGCACUUCCUGCCCCGGCCGGUUGACCCGGAGCGGGUACCGGAGCUGUACCGGGAGAUUCUAGGACCCAGCUGACGCAUGCGCACGCCGGCCCUGGACUUCCGGGUUUCCGCGGAAACAAGGACGCACGCUCAGUAGCUCCAAAGAAAAGAAGG